AUGGCACCAAAAGGGAUUGUAGCAAUUAGCCUAGUCUUAGCCACGGUGACCAUAUUUUCAGCAGGAGGAGCCGUGGCUCAAUCCAAUUGCAACAAUGUGAUUAUUACCAUGUCUUCAUGCCUUAACUAUGUCACCGGACAAUCCCCAACACCACCGGCUUCAUGCUGCUCUGCACUUGCUAACGUUGUUCAAACCAAUCCUCGAUGCCUUUGCGCCGUGAUCGAUGGUGGCUCUCGAUUUGGAUUUACCAUUAAUUCCACACUUGCUCUUUCACUUCCUGAUGCCUGCAAAGUGCAAACUCCCCCUGCAAGCAGAUGCAAUGCUGCUAAUGGUCCGGCCAUGUCUCCCGUGGGUUCUCCAGAGACUUCACCAGGACCAGCUGGAUCUGCCGAUGGAACAGCAGAUUCCACAACCGACCCGUCUGUCACAGGAUCUAAAGCAACACCAGGCAGUUCUUCCAGUGGAAGCGUUGCACAGAUGCACCUUCAACUCGUUGGCUUCCUCCUGCUCUUGGUUUCAUCAUAUGUUUCCAAAUUUAGCUGCUUCUAA